AUGUCAGAAAGAACCAAACAGAGUAGUACGACAGGAGAAAUGCUUGUUGAAGAGAUUGAUAAGCGGACUUACGAUCCAAAUGUCUAUUUCACAUCGCAUGACCCUGCUUCACUUUCGCGAUCAAGAAGUAGAGUAUCCAAACCAAAUGCAUCGUCUCGUUCGACAAAACGCAUAAACUACUCGUUGGCCGAUUUGGAGAACAAAUUAUUCAACCAGCAAAGAGAACCAAACAACGAGUCGUCAAAUCCUGGACACAAUGAUACCAAUCUGAAUAUGCUAGAUAAAUUUACCCAAAAGGAGGUUCUACAAUCAAAAAAGCGAUGUUUAGAGUUAGAUAUGGAAAAUCAAAAAGAUAUCGUGGAGGUGCCAUCUCUGCUGAGUACCAUUACCGGUGUCGAUAGAAAUAAGAUAGAAGUAUCCAGUGGCUCUAAUGGAACUGGUGUUAUAAGACACAAGAAUAAAAUUGAAGUGCCUAAAAAUAUACAUCUUUCUUACCGAUCAACAAAACCACCAGUACCGAAGAGAAAAAAUACAAAUAGAAUCGUUGCACUGAAAAAAACAUUGUCAUCACGAAGAACACUGCAAAGUUAUCUUGAAACUCUAGAUCAGGUCAAUAGAUCAAUCAUAUACCAUAAUGUCUCAAAUAAAAAAUUUCUAAAAGUACUGCCGGUGAUUACAAUUUGCUCUGUAUGCGGAGGCUAUGACAGUAUUUCUAGUUGCGUUCACUGUGGCAGCAAAAUUUGUUCUUUGAGAUGCUUUAACUUACAUAAUGAAACGAGGUGUAUACAUCGUUAG